AUGUCAACCGCCCAUACAACUACGCCUACAUCGACUCAGCCCCUCAAGGAAUGGAAUCCCACUCAAAACAAGCGGGACCAGUUUGGUCUGGAAGUCAACGCCUUCGUUCUCAACGUUCUGCGAUUAGACUACGGGGACUAUCUAAAGCGGGUCAGAGACAUGACCCCGGAAGAGCGAGAUCUGGCUGUUCUCCGUGGCGACAUCCAAAAGAACGGCAAGCAGCGCUCGAACGAGGUGUAUUAUCCGAUGGUUCUGAGGAAAUUUCCUGGGGUCGGCAGGUACGAACCUGAGAGUUUCAAGAAGAAAUUAUACGAGAAGCUAGACAACGGUAAGCGCGCCGGGGAGGGAAGGAAGCGGAACCAUAAAGCUGCCCAGACCGCUGCCAACGAUCAACGCUCGGAAAUCGUUGAAGGACCAAGCAACGACGUUCAUGUCGCUGAGGAGGAACCGCUUGUCCAUGGUUCAGGCUUUGCCGGUCACAGUACAGACAGCUUGAACUUGGACUCGGACCCCAUGACUUCCGAAAGGACUAGGAUGGUAACUGUGUCGCUAACCGCACGUCUCCAAGAAAACGGGACCAUAGCCUUGGAUCUUCGCACCGAUGGUCUGAAUGCCAUGGGUAAACCGGUCGCUGAACCUACGUUCCUCCUAUCUAACGUACAAAUUCAAACUUGGGCGAAAGCGCAAUUGGAUCAUAUGAAUUCUUGCGCUAUCACUGGCAAACUUGAAAUACCCGGGCCGCAAAUAAAGCCUAAAUCCUUCGAUGAUGUUGCUGUACCGCCUGGCGAGGGAGUUCACGACAUCGACUCGAGCAAAGUAGAAAGCCCCGGCAGCCGUAAACGGAAGCUGACUGGGGAACUUGAAGAUACUCUGAACACCAAAAAAUUCAAAGCUCGAAGCACACCACCAACCAGCACGCGAUCCCAACCGACUUUGCUGCAUGCCGACCCUAUGAUCAGGCUUCGGAAAAUCCAUCAUCGUCGGUAUAUCGUGCCAGAGGAUUUACACAAAUUAAACAUCGUAUUUGAGCAGCCCUGCAUAGAGCUGCCCCCCGGUUACUCUUGGGACGAUGAGUACUACGUCACUUUUGAGCAGCGCUCUGUAUUUGAACGUACAUUCAAAACCGAGUUGGCUUUGGAUCGCUUGGUUCCCGAACAAGGCUCAGCAAGACAAAGAGCCUGA